CUCACCGACCCCGACGAAGAUGUUCGGGCCAACAUCAUCAAGGCCGGCCUUCGGCUCAUCGAGCUGCAUGGAGAGGGCGCCAUGGAUCUUCUGAGCACGAUGCUGCAGACGCAGCUCAACAAGCCGGACUCGGGCACGUGGCAGGCGGACCUGCUGCGAGAGGGCUGCGUCAUCUUCCUUGCUUCCCUUGCCAAGUUCCUCCCCAAGGGAGACCCUAAGGUCAAGGACGUGGUCAAUCGGCUGAUCUUCGCCCUCGGAACCCCGUCAGAGUCUGUUCAGCGAUCGGCGUCCCAGGCCCUGUCACCCCUCAUGAACAUGCUUGAUGACGCGGAGGAGGUGAAGAGGAUGGUGAAGGAGAUGAUCGAGAUGAUGCUGGAGGGUCAAACGUACGGGGAUCGGCGAGGGGCUGCGUUCGGUCUCGCCGGGAUGGUCAAAGGCAUCGGGAUCUCAGCGCUCAAGGCGCAUGACAUCAUGCCGACGUUGCAGGCUGCAGCCAACGACAAGAAGAACGCGUGGAGGAGGCAGGGAGCUCUCUUCGGCUUCGAGUGUCUCUCCGAUCGAUUGGGGAGACUUUUUGAGCCUUAUGUCAUUCAGAUCCUCCCCAUCCUCCUCAACUCGUGCGGCGACCAGGACGAGUCCGUGCGGGAGGCGGGAGAGUCGUCGGCUCGAGCCGUCAUGUCCCAGCUGAGUGGCCAGGGUGUGAAGCUCGUCAUGCCUGCUCUCCUCCAGGGUGUCGAAGACAGAGCAUGGCGCACCAAGGCCGCAGCUCUCGACUUGCUCGGCGCCAUGGCCUAUUGCGCUCCUCGUCAGCUGGGAACUUGUUUGCCAACCAUCGUGCCUGUCAUGGCGUCAGCCGUGUCAGACACGCACCAGAAGGUGAGGGAGGGAGCUCAGGUGGCCCUGGGGCACGUCGGGAGUGUCAUCAAGAACCCUGAGAUCCUGGCCAUCGCUCCCAUCCUCAUCGAGUCCUUGUCAGACCCGGACAAGACGGCGAGAGCACUGGAGGUUGUGAUCGAGACGACCUUCGUCAACGCUGUCGACGCUCCCUCGCUCGCUCUCAUGGUGCCGAUGGUGCAGCGAGGGCUGAAGCACAGGAGCACAGACCUCAAGAAGAAGGCAGCGACCAUCGUCGGCAACAUGUGCAACCUGGUGGCGGACCCCAAGGACGUAGCGCCGUACCUGCCGGAGAUCCUGCCCAUCGUCAAGAACUCGAUCCUGGAUCCCUCGCCCGAUAUGAGGAGCACAGCCUCUAAGGCGCUCGGGUCGCUGGUGAAGAGCAUGGACGACAAGGACUACGAGGAGCUGGAGAGGUACCUCCUUGCAACAAUGAAGUCCGACCAAAGCGUGGUGGAGCGAGGAGGAGCAGCGUUGGGUCUGUCCGAGGUCCUCGGCUCCUGCCCGACGGAUCGGCUGGAGGGGAUCUUGGAGGAGGUGCUGGUGCAGUGCAAGGCGAAGGCCGCGCAUGUGCGGGAGGGAUACUUCAUGCUGCUCUCUGCGCUCCCGAACACGAUGGGGGAGAGUCUGGAAUCCUUCAUCCCUCGCAUCCUCCCGGCCAUCCUGUCCGGGCUCGCCGACGAGAGCGACUCCGUGCGGCAGGUGGCCCUCAAGGCUGGACACAACGUGGUCGAUCACUUCGCCGACACUGCCAUGCCCCUGGUGCUGCCCGCCAUCGAGCGCGGGCUGUUCGACGAGGCCUGGCGCAUCCGAUCGUCGUCAGUGCAGCUGCUGGGAGACGUGCUGUCAAAGAUCACAGGGAGGAACUGGAAGAUCUACUCAAGCGGGACCGUGGAGGACUCGGACGAGGGGACGGGGGACAAGAACAGCGAGGCGAAGAUCGCGGAGGUGCUCGGGGAGGAGCGAUGCAACGUGCUGCUUGCUGCUGUCUACAUGCUGCGUUCGGACGUGAAUCAGUCCGUGUGCUCUGCAAGCUUCCAGGUGUGGAAGUCGGUGGUGCAGUCGCAGCUGCGAACGCUGAAGAACAUCCUGAGGACGCUGAUGGACACUCUUAUCCGCUGCCUGUCGAGCAAGUCAGAGGAGAGGAAGUUCGUGGCCGGGAGGUCGAUGGGAGAGAUGGUGGGCAAGCUGGGCGACCGCGUCCUGCACGACGUGAUCCCCAUCCUGCAGAGGAGCCUGGAGGCAGAGGACGAGCUGGAGAGAGCCGGAGUCUGCCUCGGACUCUCCGAAGUCAUCGCCAACUGCCAGAAGCAGCAGAUCCUCCAGCACAUGGACGAGCUCAUCCUGACUGUCCGCCAGGCCCUCUGCGACAGGGACAGGGAUGUGCGCGUGGCGUCCGGCAGAGCCUUCGACGCCCUGUUCAAGGCCAUUGGGCAGCGAGCGAUCGAGGACAUCGUUCCUGCUCUGCUUACCGACCUCGAGGACGAGGCGUCCAACUCCCUCGAGGGCCUCCGCCAGCUCCUCUCAGUCCGCGGCAAGAUCGUCCUCCCCUUCCUCAUCCCGCAGCUUGCCGCCCCUCCCAUGUCCGCGUCCAACGCCAAGGCCCUCGGGGCGCUGGCUGGAGUGGCAGGAGACGCCUUGUCGUCCAAGAUCCCCACCAUCCUCUCCGCCCUGUGCGACGGGAUGGUGGACGGAGACGACCCGGAGUCGAUCGCCCUGUCAGCCGAGAAGGUGGUGCUGGCUGUCACUCAGGACGGCGUUCGCAUGAUGCUGCUGGAGCUGCUGCGCCGCCUGGAGGACGUGACGACAGCACAGACGCGGGCCAGUGCCGCUCGCCUCCUCCGAGCCUUCUGCGCUGGCACGCAGCACGAGUACGAGGAUCACAAGGCGGAGAUCGUGCGGUCGCUGGUGCAUCUGUUUGGCGACGAAGAGGAGGCCGUGCAGGUGCAGGCACAUGCUGCCUUGCUCGCGUUCACAGCAGCGAUGGAGCGAGCAGACAAGGAGGAGGACGACAAGGCGCCAGCAGUCAGCUGCUCGGAGUACGUCGGUCUUGUGUUCGAGGAGGUCAAGUCCCUUGCUGCCGUGGCUCCUCCUACUGGAGUCCCCGGGUUCAACCGCACCAAGGGCCUCGCCCCUCUCCUCCCCUUCUUCCUCCAGGCGCUCAUGCACGGGUCGACCCCCGAGCUGCGCGAGCAGGCAGCGGCAGGGCUGGGGAUCCUGGUGCAGGCAACGGGAGAGGCGGCGCUGAAGCCGAUGGUGGUACAGAUGUCGGGCCCUCUGAUUCGCAUCAUUGGGGACAGGUUUCCCUGGCAGGUCAAGAGCGCGAUUCUCAAGACUCUCUCCCUCCUCCUCGUCAAGGGAGGGAUCAUGAUGAAGCCUUUCCUCCCCCAGCUGCAGACCACCUUCGUCAAGUCGCUCUCCGAGCCCAACAAGGUCGUGCGAGGACGCGCCAUUCGCGCUCUGUCCUUCCUUGUCCGCAUGAGCCCCCGUGUCGACCCCCUGCUCAACGACCUGCUGGCGGGAGCCAAGAGUAACGAGGGAGGAGUCCAGCUCAGCUUCAUCGAGGCUCUCGAGGUCGUGCUGGGCAGAGCCAGCGCCUCCGCCUCCCCUCCCGUCAUCGCCAACGUCGUCUCCCUCCUCCUCGAGCUCAUGCGCAGCGACGACGAGGACGUCCGUUCCGCCACAGCUGCCGCCAUG